CAUACUACACACACUGAUGAUGGAUGCUUCUUUUCAAUGUUCCUCUAGCCUUAAAUGCGAGUUAAGCAUCAUAAGAGCUAAAAAUAUUGAGUUCAAGUCUUCAGGACACUUGUUUGUGAGAUGCUGUCUAUCAGCAGGAAACAACACAAGAGUCCAACUCAAUACCAAAGAAAUCUCAUCCAAAUCUGAUUUGUUUUGGGAUGAAUUUUUUUCACUGCAGUGCCAAGGAACUGAAGAUGCCAUCAACUCCUUGAGGCAAGGGAACGUUGUCUUUGAGUUGAGAUGGAGAAGCACUAAACCAAUUCUUGGAAGACUUACCGGUGGAUCAAAAAUCUUGGGAAGAGCUGAAAUUCCCUGGAAAAAUGUUUUUGAAUCACCAAACAUGGAAAUUGAGACAUGGGUUCGGAUGAAUUCAAAGAAUCCAUGCUUGCAUCAAGAUGUCAAGCCCCCCUCAGUGCAGGUCAAGGUGAAAGUUGGAGUUCCAGAGAUGACUAACGAAAGGAGGUGGGAUCAUUCAUGUGGUUGCAACGACAGUAGAUGUCAAUCUCUUGAUUAUGUUGAUUAUGACUACUUUGCACUUGGAUUUGCUCUAGAGGCCUUGUAGAUUAACGGCUGUAAAGCACUAAGGUGCUUAAUUAAUUUUAGAUUAGCUUAAUGGAUUAGUUCUACGUAGUCAUUCAUAAUACUAAUAUGUGCACUUACUUAGCACAGGAGUUUUGCUGACAAUUGUAUGUUUUCAGUAGGCAGCUUUUGU